UUCCAUUGGCUAACUACGGCCACUAGACACUGGUCAACUUUUGGUCACUCAUAGACGCCAUGAUUUGUAUGUAUUACAUGUAACAGGUAUUAUUGGGACCGAUUUAGGUCCAGGAUUUUUUUCGUUUUAGACGAAUUUCGUUUGCGGCUCAUGGAAAAUUGGACAAGCCGGCCUCAAGAUAAGUGGCCACGCUUGACUGGACUCGCGAACCGUGAUCGAAGCAGCGUGGAGGAGGCCCAGAUGUCUACGUACGAGAGCCCAUACACGGCGGAGAAUCCAGCCUCGUUUUACCAUUACUCUCUACAUCCUGAUGACCUGGCCACCAGGAGGAGCAUCAGUGUCUACUCACUUAAAGACCCGGAUAAAAAGAAAAAGAACAGCCGAUUUCCACAAUGUCGGGUGUGUUUCGCGACCAUGCUGCUAGUCAGUCUCGGAGUGGCCAUUGCGGUUGCAGUGACUUUGGCAAUAAUGUUGUCGGACCCUCAUCCCAAGUUCUAUCGGACCAAAGGUACAGAUAACACAACUCUCAGUAAGGACUUUUUGAAGGAAAAAGAAGCGGAUUUCGGUAACGACAUCUGUGAUUUGAUGAGUGCCAUGUUUGACCUUCGGGAUAGCUCGGAUCAGACGAGGAAGGUCACCGACUGCAGCGUAAUUCUGACAGACAGUCCCGGGAAUAUGGUCAUCAACGUCAAGUUGAACGUGGAUGAGACUUUUAUCAAGUCAGAUGCAGACAAGAUUAAAUCUAUGCUGGUAGCGAAUGCUUUCACACUCAGUUCGAAUUCUUCUGUAAAGAAACUGAUGAUUGCUGUACCUUCUAACAAAACCGACAUACCAACGGAGAUGCAAAGUGAUUCCUCGAUAGAUCCUAGUUCUUCUGUAGAGAUGAAGACAUCUAGCAUACCAAAUAUAGACGCUAGAUCGUCUCUUGAUAUGGAAACAUCAGUAAGAGAAACAAUAGAUGCUAGCGAAAGUUUAGGUAUUGAGCCAUCUAGUACACACGAAGAAGAUGCUAGUACUUCUGUAAGUAUUGAGGACUUCACAAUGCCAACCGCAUCCAAUAUUACGUCACCAUCAACCACACAAGAUAUGUCGCCGUCAGUCUCUGCCGAAGUUGUUUCCUCAUCUACGAUAUCGUCUUCUAAAAUUAUUUCGUCUUCGUAUUCACAAGCAAUUUUAGUACCUGAUACUGUGUCUGUUGGUAUUGAUGGCGUAUCUAGUGAUUCGUCCAUAAGUGUAACGCCUGACACUUUUUCCAGCAUAGCAUUAUCAAAUACUAUAAGCAAGACAUCGGCAAUUGUUAGUUCGGUUGAAUAUCCUACAUCGGUUUCCAUAAGUGAUGUGGUGCCCAGCGUAUCGUCGUCUCCAGCUGUACUUAUAUCUCUUGAUUCUUCCUUGUCGCAUCUAAAUACAGAAUUGACGUCUUCGGCUGAUAGACUCAGCAGUAGUAUGUCCCUUCGUGAUGGUCAGAUGUCAACAGACAAGACGGAAUUUAUUAGAUCUAAGGUUACCAACGAUUUGAGUUCAUAUUCUGUUUUAAAUUCCGUGAUUAUUUCGGAUUCGGUAUCUACAAAACCAAUCAUUACAGCUACUGCUAUCCUACAACACGUCAUAGAUUCUACUGUGACGUCACAUCCGGUAUAUACUACACAAUAUAAGGAACACAUUUCAUCAUCGAUGAUGUCUUCUGGGUACGGAACAGAUAAAGAGGAGAUUACAUCAUAUGCACAAGUUUCAGCCGCAGAUGUGCCCCUAAUCACAUCUUAUACACCAACAGAUGGGUUAAGUUAUUUCCCCUCAUCUGUAUCUACAUAUGAGGUUAGGAAUUCGGGAAACAUUAAUAGAAAUAUAUUGAAAACAUCAAUUGAAUACGGCCUGGAAUCCACUGUGAUGGCAACUAAAGCGUUAUAUAGAUCACCAGUGAUAUCUUCCUCAGACGUAAUCAUUAACAUUGACCAGCCACCAUUAGCGUCUAGUUUGUCUUUGUCAUCAAGUAUGGACAAUCCUCCCCUUCAUUCUGUGUUUUCAACUCAGAAUAUUCCAUCCUCUUAUGUUGCUUCGUCAAUGUUAUCAGAUGUAACACCAAACGUUACACUGAAAACACAAGCAAUCGAAUCAGGAACUCAGACUGUUUCUGAUAAUCUGAUACAGACAAAAUUGUCGACCACUUCGGUGCUUUAUCCUUCAGUAGUGAUCCACACCCCGGAUAUGACGUCAUUACAACCCGACAAUCCUUCACAGAGCGUAACAGCAACAGCAACUGAAACUGUUCCAGAGUCACCGCCGAUGUUGAGGUGGUUAGAUACAACUAUGUUUGCGUCGGAAAAUGUCAUGGACACUAACUCAUCAUCAGUGGUUGAAAUGCCAUUGAUGAAUAAAACUAACGAUAAUGAAACGCUAGAUAAACCGUCCUCCCACGUAACAGUACCUGUGUUGAGAAAGAACGUCACACUGGAGACUUCCCCGUCACCGGUGAGCGUACCAGAGCUUAGUAACAACACUGAUGUUAUUAACGACAACAUAACACACGUCACUGUUCCAUUGUUAAAGCCUGAAGUUAAGUUGCCAGUCAUAGGAACAACACAGACUCCCACUUCCACCACACAGGACGUGGGAAGAGCGAUUUUCGAAUCAGAAAUAUCCAAUAGGGCAAUGGGGACAGCUAACCCUGAAGACUUUUGGGACAAUAUAUUGAAAAUGGUUCAAUAUACUUCGACUAAGAAACCAAAUAUGGGCGUAACAUCAACAUGGAAAAAUAUUUCGUCUGAUUCAAACAUAUCGUCCGUUGUCGAUGAAACCAUAACGUCAUCUUACGAGCCUGUGACGUCAUCAUCUUUGUUAUUGACAGGUAAGGCGGCGUUAAGUACAGACACGUUGUCAAUGUCUUCUGUUUACAUUGCAACAUCGAUAACGGAGAUAAAUGAUAGUAUAUCAUCUUCAGUCAUCCACCUGAAAUCAUCUGACAGCGUUGUUUAUGAUUCCACACCAUCGACAUCACUGUUGUCUUCUGAUGUAUAUCCAAGUCCAACAGCGUCAUCAUUGAUAAGAGCAACACCAGUGCUAACGGCAGAACCUGGAUUUAAAUCUUCUAUAGAACACAGUGCUAUAACCGAUACGCCCGUUGUGACAGAUUCCACAGCAACAGUGUACAGAUUAAUGACUGCUUCAAUAGGCAAUGGUAACGAUUUGAUGUCGUCCGACGGAAGACGAAAUGCUUCAGUCAAACUCACAAACGAUACAAAACAUGGUGAAAUGCUACUGUCGACUACUCUAGAUGCGUCAGAUGUUUCUUUGUCUUUCGUGCAAGAUGCAACGUUGGACUCUCAAGUAAAAACCUCAUCUGAGAGUAGUGAUUUGGUGAUGAAAACGGUGAUAGUGUCCUCUGCCAUGUUUGCUCCUAGUUCGACUAUAUCUGCCAUCAUUUCUUCGCAGUCUAGUGCUACUGUUACUCUCUCGGAUGAUUUUGCAUUCUAUGAUUUAAUGCCACUCUCCAUAGAGAGUUCUUCAGUUAGAGGAUCAAGUGGUGUAUUUUCUAGCAGUAUCGUGUCGUCCAAAGACAUUUCUCCAACAAGUUCGAUGCUUCAGCAACAACUUACUGAUGAUUUUGACUUUUACGAUCUAAUGCCAGUGAAUACUAUGGCCUCCUCAGAUGAAAUAAGUCCCAGCAAAACAGAGUCUGCCGAAAUGAAAACCGACAUCUUUCUACCGGUUCAUUGAUAUCUAGGGAAAAUGCUAUUUCGUCCUUUGGAACGGAGAUGCAAAGUGAUUCCUCGAUAUAUCCUAGUUCGUCUGUAGAGAUGAAGACAUCUAGCAUACCAAAUAUAGACGCUAGAUCGUCUCUUGAUAUGGAAACAUCAGCUAGACAAACAAUAGAUGCUAGCGAAAGUUUAGGUAUUGAGCCAUCUAGUACACACGAAGAAGAUGCUAGUACUUCUGUAAGUAUUGAGGACUUCACAAUGUCAACGGUAUAUUCUAGUCAAUAUGAAAGCAUGGCAUCAUCUACCAAACUUGAUAUUGCA